GUAGAUUCUCCAGAGCUGAGUGCGCUAUUAUUAGAAUAAUUUAUGUUUCACUGUGAAACCAAAAAUUAGCGAAACUCAGUCGAAUGGUGAUAAAAAGCGAAGAAGUUGCUUGAUCUCCUCCUAUUCGUGAAAUUGAGCGAAGCCUUGGUAACACAAUCGUUUCUGCUUUGCCUUCAAUAAUGACAAGAGACAUUUUGGUUAUGUUUACGACUUUCCUCCGCCCAACUUAAGUGCUCCGCUCGUCAGCUGGGAUGUGGAUCUGGAGUCAACGUCCAAUAAAAUAGGCAUUUAUUAAACAAAAUGUAUCAACGAACCAGGUUUCUAAAAUUCCCAAGGAACAGGUAAAAUAACCAAAAACAUGUCUCGGCUGGUGUACAUGUUGAAGCAGAGAAAGCUAGAAUACAGUAAAGGGCUGGCCCUGCAAAAAUAUAUUGCGACGAAAUUCAACCCGUCUCCAGAUGAACCUGAAGAGUUUCGUAAUGUUCUGAUAAUAACCGAACACGACCCAGUCUACACAAUAGGUAUAAGGACAAGAGACUACACAAUCGAUGACGAAAAUCGAUUGAGAAAAUUGGGGGCACAAUUUUACAGGACCGAUCGCGGUGGUUUGAUAACCUUCCACGGACCCGGACAGAUGGUCGCAUAUCCUGUACUUAAUCUUAAACAGUUUACGCCGAGCAUGCGGUGGUAUGUACAGCUGUUGGAGAAAACUAUUAUCGACGUCUGUAAGGAAUUCAAAGUGACUGCAAGGACUACAUGCGAUACUGGCGUCUGGGUAGAUGAUAGAAAAAUAUGUUCGAUUGGAGUCCAUGGUUCACGGUAUAUUACAACUCAUGGUUUAGCUUUAAAUUGCAACACGGACCUGACGUGGUUUGAUCAUAUAGUUCCAUGCGGAUUGGAAAAGAAGAGUAUGACUUCGCUUUCCAAGGAAUUGCAAACUGAUGUGGAUAUAGAUGAGGUGUUGCCGGUGUUUAAGAGUUGUUUUGAGAAAUGCUUUAAUUGUCGUGUCGUAGAUAUGAAUGAAUGUGAUAAAGACGAAGCUCUACGUCGGUUAGAGGCUAAUUGAUCAUGUUGAUAUCUUAAUUUCACAUUUGCUUUUAUAAUUUUACCAAAACAACAUUAGUUAUGUAAAACUAAUAAAACCUUUUUACAAAAACUCAAA